AAUGUUUUAUUGUGUUCCUCGUAUGAUGAAACGCUUAUAAAGAUCAGAAUUCCUAUAUGGAAACACUCUGUGGUACACCAAGUUACCUCGCUACCAAAAUGUUAAUCCCGUAGCCUGAAGAACGAUCUUACAAGAAAUCGUGUGACUGCUGGAGCCUGGGAGUUAUACUAUAUGUUUGCUAUGCCAUAUACUUCAGUUUACUCAAAUUCACGUAGUGAACACGAUUUGUAAUGAAGCUGGAGCAGGCAAAUAACCCAUUGGAGAAACAAGUCAAAGAAGGGUCGUAUAAAUUUCCGAACAACCUCUGGAAGAAUGUUAGCAGUGAAGCUAAGGAUCUUAUAACAAAACUGCUUACUGUUGGUCACAGAAAAUGCAUCACGGUUUCAGAAGCUCUGGAACAUCCUUGGAUGAAGGAUAAAGAAAUGAUAGAAAAAGCAGAAAAAAUGAUAAAACCGACCGUGGAUGGAAGAUCAAUGUCUCCGCCCUUAUAAAAGGUAUGUUGAAAACUACGAUACUUGUCCCGUUCUUCCGUCCAAUGACCCUUAUUUUCAACUCGCAAUUGCAAUGAAACAUUACAUGUUUGCAAGUUACAUCGAAAUUUAACCAGCUUUCCGAAACAAUCUCAAGGCGC